AUGAACCCCCUAGAAUUGUCUGGCAUACCUACGUCUUUCAAACCACCACCUGUGCCAUAUUUUCUUUGUGAAUAUUGCCAAAAAAUUUCAGAUACCUGUUAUUUUUGCUUGAACCAGACAUCGAAUUUUGAAAGAAAACUAUAUCAAUUUCAAUUGUAUAAUGAACCCAACAACUUGCCAAUUGAAGAAGUUGUCAAGCAUUGUGAUAAGUCGUUCAUAUAUGAGGAAAACAUAGAUAAUGCAGAUAAGAUUUACGAACCCUAUAUUACACGGUGUAAAGUCGAAGAUGAAUAUGAUGUUGAAGGAAAACGGAAAAAGAAAGACCAUCCUGGAUUUUGUAAAUAUUGCAUUAUUGAAGGUGCCCAAUGGGACUCUAAUUUUUAUGAACGUAAUAAUUCAAGAUAUAGGGGCCAUAUGAUAAAUACACACGGCAUCCAUCCUAAUGGCACACGUUGCAAAUUGCCAGAAACUGGUGUUUUCUGUUACAAAUGGAUAAGAAACCAUUGGUUUGAAACAAGCGGGUUUUUCUGUCCCUAUAUAGGUUGUAACGAACCACUAACCUUAGGAGAAAAGGGCCAUGGAUUUCAUGAAUAUCUUAGACAUUGGAGUAAAUGCCAUGCUGAUGGAUGA